AUGGCCAAAUGGCACCCGGGGAAUCUAAUGAGGUUGGAGAGUGAUGCAGAGUGCCCAUGGUGGCCCGGAAGGAGCGAAAAUGUCACCUGGAAAGAGGGUAUCGCAUAUCAAAGCAUGAAAGUCGAGGCAAUUAAAUGCAUGCGCCACUCACGGUGGACGGUUUUGACAGCUGAUGACGUUGACAGUGCUCUUAAUCUGAGAAACGUGGAGCCGAUAUGUGGAUUUGCCUCUCGUGAUGCACUACGAUUCACGAAAGCCGCUGGGCAUAUGGAUUUGCUCUACAUUGAUGACAAAGAUGUGGAGUUUAAAGAAGUUCUUGAGUCACCUUUGCCAAAAGCACCACUUGAUACAUCUGUUACAUCCCACUGGCUUGCGAUUGAAGGCAUUCAACCAUCAAUUCCAGAAAAUGCUUCAAUUGAAGCACCUUCUGAUGGUAAAAAGGCUGAAUACAAAGAAGAUGGGCUUUCCGUUGAUGUCAAAUUACCUGUUAAGCCUGUAUUAUCUAGAGAGCUUCAACUUUACUUUGACAAGAUCGUGGACAUUACCAUGAAUAAAUCAGUCUCAGUUCUCUUUCAACAAGCAUUACUGAGUUUGGCAACAGACUCGGGAUUACAUCCUUUAGUUCCUUAUUUUACAUAUUUCAUUGCGGAUGAGGUUGCACGGAAUUUGAACAAUUUCCCUCUCAUGUUUGCUUUGAUGCGUGUUGCCCGGAGUCUUCUCCAGAAUGAACACUUACACAUAGGACCUUACUUACACCAGUUGAUGCCAUCUAUUAUUACCUGCCUCGUUGCAAAAAGGUUAGGAAAUAAAUUCACCAACAAUCAUUGGGAACUUAGAAACUUCAAAGCUAGUGGCAUCAAUAUGCAAAAGGUUGAAUGCGGAAAAGAUUAG